AUGGCAGAAGCCUUGUGGGACUUGGAAGACAAACUAAAGCUUUCAACCCAAGGGGCUCUUCUGAUACUAGCCUCUGCAUGCUUUGCACUUGCUGCAAUCUGCACCUUUGUUGUGCUCAAAAGGAAGGCUAGGAAGAACAGAAUUGCUCAUCAAGAAGUUGACAUUGGCAAUGGUGAGACUGAAAUUAGCACGAUGGAAUGGUCAGAGCCGAGGUGUGGCUGGAUCUCGGUGAAAAGCGUGUUAAUGGGGUCGGUGCAGUGGAGCUGGGCAUGCAAAUGGAAGGCGAAUGUAGGGAGCCAGAGGAAGCUGCUUGGAUUAGAAAGGGGCAGUGUUGAAAUUGGAAGACAGAGUCAUAACUCAGCGUCUGCAGUGUGGCAAAGGCCUAUACUGAGGGGGGAGAAGUGUGAGCUGCCAAGGUUUAGUGGCCUAAUUCUCUAUGAUGAAAAGGGGAGAUUGCUUAGAGAUUCUGAGGACGAAACUAGAUGCAAUGAAAGUUUGAACCAGGGAAAGAGAGUGGGUACCGUGAGAACUACUCUAAGAGAUCUACUGUCAUCUUAGUUCUCCUACUCCUUGUAAGUUGUAAAAGGCAUCCAAGUUUGACAGUAAAGACAUGUGAUCUAGUUUUA